UUCAAAUAUUAAUUUACAUAAAUACAAAAAGUUUAUUUAUGUUUCGUCACACCCUACAACGCUUUAUUAAUAUAAAAUAAAAUAAAAAAAGAAUUCCAACACAUUGGGUAAAAACAAAAUUAAAAUGCGCAAUAAAAUGAAAAUUGAAGAGUAUUUAAAUUUUCCCGAAUAAAGAAAAGUCACUUUUGGUUUACAAGCAGGCGCCAGCGCACCACCACCACCGUUGCUGCUACAAAAAUGCAAAACCCCUUUCUUCUCUCUCUCUCUCACCGAAAUCCCCUUUCAGACCAAACAUCGAACACUCUUACUGCAAUUUCGCAAUCUUCUUUCUCUCUCCUCUCCUCCGCAACAACAAGGAUCACUUUCUCUCUCUAAAUCACCACAAUUUGGAUUCAAUUUCCGCAAGUGAGUGAAUCCGACGCGAAAUUCUCUCUCUUUAAUCUCUCAAAAAACGAAAUUCCGAUGACACAACUGAAGCCCAUACUCUCACACUUAGACCCGAUCAUCCCCUCCUCCACCGGAAAAUUCAAAUCGCCGCCGUAUGCCUUCCACCGCCUCCGCUUCCACCCGAGGCUCACUCUCUGGUCCUUCCUCCUCCUCUUUUUCCUCCUCCUCUUCUUCCUCUGCUCGCCCCCCGCCGCCUCCCCCGCUGGGAAGCGCCGGAGCCUCCACACCACAAGCCUCUCCCCGGGGCCCCGGCUGAGCCCGAAUUGGGAAGUGAAGGCCCGAAAUUCGGCCCGGCCGCAGUCGAAGGCGGGCGGGCUCACGGUCCUGGUGACCGGCGCCGCGGGCUUCGUCGGGACCCACGUGGCGAUGGCUUUGAAGAAGCGCGGCGACGGAGUGGUGGGCCUCGACAAUUUCAACAGCUACUACGAAACCGGGCUGAAAAAGGCCCGAAAGAGCCUCCUCGAGCGCCACGGCGUCUACAUAAUCGAGAGCGACAUCAACGACGCGGCGCUGCUGGCCAAAUUGUUGGAGAUCGUGCACUUCAGCCACGUGAUGCAUCUGGCCGCGCAGGCAGGGGUCCGCUACGCGAUGCAGAAUCCGAGCUCUUACAUCCACAGCAACGUCAACGGCUUCGUCAGCUUGCUCGAGGCCUGCAAAAAUGCAAACCCUCAGCCCAGCAUAGUGUGGGCCUCGUCGAGCUCCGUUUACGGCCUCAAUUCGAAGGUCCCCUUCUCGGAGAAGGACAGGACCGAUCAGCCCGCCAGCUUGUACGCCGCCACCAAGAAGGCCGGCGAGGAGAUCGCCCACACUUACAACCACAUCUACGGCCUCUCCAUUACCGGAUUGCGUUUCUUCACGGUCUACGGGCCGUGGGGAAGGCCCGACAUGGCCUAUUAUUUCUUCACAAAGGAUAUACUGAGAGGAAAAGAGAUCAAGAUUUUCGAAGGGGCUAAUCACGCUACUGUGGCCCGAGAUUUCACCUACAUUGAUGAUGUGGUGAAGGGUUGCUUAGCGGCGUUGGAUACGGCGGGGAAGAGCACCGGGAGCGGAGGGAAGAAGCGCGGGGCGGCGCAGCUGAGGAUUUACAAUUUGGGGAAUACGAGCCCUGUGCCUGUAGGGAAGCUGGUGAGCAUCUUGGAGAAGUUGCUCAAGGUGAAGGCGAGGAAGAAGGUGCUGCAGAUGCCGAGGAACGGCGACGUUUUGUUCACCCACGCCAACAUAAGUUUGGCGAGGAAGGAGCUUGGCUACAACCCCACCGUUGAUUUGGAGACUGGGCUGGCCAAGUUUGUCAAGUGGUAUGUUGGCUACUAUGCUUCCAAGAAGAAGACUGCGUGGUGAAUUGGUGUGUGUUCAUCUAUUACCAUUGCCUUUGCUGAAUAAUUAUUAUCUCAUUACCUUUUGCAGCUGUGUUUUUUCAUUCUUUUUCACUAGGCCAUUGUACAUUAGUUUUUAGUACAAAGAUUAUGAACCAUUUUACUUGGGAAGUGUUUGAGUUUUGCUGUUAAAAUUUAUUUUAACUGCUUCAA